ACAAAAUCAAUAUUAACAGAGAGUAUCAUAUUUCUAAAGAAUGGAGUAGAUGUGGGCAAAGAGAUAACCAAAAACUCUCCAAGUAGAGUAUGUCCUUUAUCAUUUUGGAACUUUCAAACAAUAUGCAUCAACUAGAAGAAAAAGAAAAGUUAGACAUGCCAAGAAAGUCAACUGAAAAUCCAAAUGAUUCUCAAGAUAAGGAAAACCAUAAAGAUAACAAUUCUCAUUUGCAAUCCCAAAACCAAGGGAAUUACCAGAAAAAAGCUUGUGUUGAGCUUGACCCGAGUUCUUUAAUUCACCAACUCGGUCGAGACAUUACUAUCAAUUGUCUCCUUCGACUGUCAAGGUCAGAUUAUGGAUCAAUUGCUGCAUUGAAUCAUCAUUUUCGAUCUCUCAUUCGAACAGGAGAACUAUAUCAACUAAGGCGUAAAAUGGAUAUAAUUGAGCACUGGGUAUAUUUCUCUUGUGACCCACUUCAGUGGGAGGCAUUCGAUCCAAAUCGUGGUCGAUGGAUGCAUUUGCCUAGAAUGAAUUCUAAUGAAUUAUUUAUGUUGUCAGACAAGGAGUCAUUGGCUGUUGGUACAAACCUUCUAGUUUUUGGAACGGAAAUAAUGACUCCUACCAUUUAUAAAUAUAGCCUUUUGACUAAUGAAUGGACAAAAGGUAUGAAAAUGAAUAUUUCUAGAUGCUUGUUCGGUUCUGCCAGCAUUGGAGAAAUUGCCAUAUUAGCUGGUGGUUGCGAUCUACAAGGAAACAUCUUCAAGCAUGCUGAACUUUAUAACUCAGAUACCAACCAAUGGGAGAUUCUUCCAGACAUGAAUACUGCAAGGAAGAUGUGUUCUGGUGUAUUUAUGGAUGAAAAAUUUUAUGUCCUUGGAGGAAUUGGAGCUGACAAAACUACAAAGUUAACAUCUGGAGAGGAGUUUGAUUUGAAGACAAGAAAAUGGCAUGAAAUACCCAACAUGUGCCCUCCACAAAAUGAAACAGCCACAUAUAGUGAGGCUCCCCCUUUGAUUGCUGUUGUAAAUAAUGUUUUGUAUGUUGCUGACCAUGCACAACAGGAAAUAAAGAGAUAUGUUAAAGACAACAAUUCAUGGGUCACCAUUGGAAAACUUCCUGAGCGAGCAUUCUCAAUGAAUGGUUGGGGAAUAGCCUUUCGGGCAUGUGGAAAUCAAUUGUUUGUUAUUGGAGGUUCUAGUUUUGAUGGCAGAAGAGUGCUUGAAGUUAAUGCUUGGGCCCCAAAUAAUGAAGACGCACCACAAUGGAACUUGCUUGCAAGAAGACAAUUAAGGAGCUUUGUGUAUAAUUGCACUGUGAUGGGAUGUUAAGGUGUUUCCCCCCAAUUUCCUUUAAAGGCUUAAAUUCGCCAUCUCCUUUUAUUGAAAUUUAUGUUUCUAUUUCUUCUUUUUCAUUUGUUUGUUGGUUUGAGUCUCAUCGAGUAUUAAGGGUGUUAUUUUGGGUUAUGAAAUAAUGUGUUGUUAAUGCUACAUAAUUGGUUGUCAUGUCCUGUUUAUUUGUUUAAUUGAAUAAAUACCUGAUUUAAACGAGUUUUAAA